CAGGGGUGUGGUAUUCCCAAGACAUAGCACCCGCCUUUGGGAAAUUCUCAGCCUCAUCUACAACCCACCUUCUUCUCACCUCCAGCUUCCGCCGACAACGGCUGCUCAUUACCACACACCCCCGCGAAUCCAUUCGUCUCAUCCAAACCCCCCGCAAUCAACGCGACAUCAGGUCCUUCGGCAAAGGGCCGACCCUCUGGUUCCUGAAUAGCGCGAACUUUUUGAACAGUUUCCCACUCUUCGAAUCAACGACCACGAGUCGCAAAUAAUCAGAAAGAUGUCGCAUCACGCUCCCACCUCGCGCCCGAAGCCCCCUCCCCCGGGUAGCGAGGAGGCAUCGUCCAUCCUCAACCUCGGCGAAUUCCAACACGUCGACACGCUCACAUUGUCCGAAGCAUCACUCGUCAUCAACGCGCUCGUGACCAAGCGCAAGAUGGAUCGCAAGAACAUUAACGAGACCGAGAUGUUGACACAGACUCUCAACUACCUGGAUGCCUUCUCCCGAUUCCGCCAGAAAGAGAACGUCGAGGCCGUCGAGCGACUGCUCUCCGCACACAAGCAGCUCGCCAAGUUUGAGCGUGCACAAAUAGGGUCGCUUUGCUGCGAAACGGCCGAAGAAGCCAAGACACUCAUUCCGUCCCUACAAGACAAGAUCUCCGACGAUGAUCUCCAAAUACUCCUUGACGAGAUCAGCAAGCUUCAAAGCAGAUGACGGGCUUGACCUCCGGCAUAUUGCACCACAACCCGGCAAGAGGCAGAGGCCAGAAAGUUAGGGUAUCAGGAGCUGGGCAGUCCCAAUAAAGUCACCCUUGCUCCGUCGCUCAUAACACUGUCCCGCGGUUGGGAAUGAGGAAGUAAGCAUGGCCAAUGGUUUUAGGGCGAGAGGAGAGAAAAUGGAAUGGCUAUGGAAGUACUUCCAUGCAAGAAGCAUAUACUGCAUGUUUGGCGUAAAACGGAAGGGGAUCAGAUUGUCUUUAAGUAUGUGUUGAAUACCAAAUACCCAU